AUGUGUCAGAUGUCUCCAGUUCUCUGGGUUUUAGCAUACCUCCGAUCACAGUCUUCUGGAAGAUUAAAAUUUUCUCCAGAUUCAAUUUAUGAUUUCACUAGUGCAGAUUUGAUUGAUGAAGGUGAAAUUGGUAGAGGUAAUUUCGGUUCGGUUAAUCGUAUGUUGCAUAUAAAAUCCAAUAAAAUUUUAGCUGUGAAGCGAAUUCGUUCCAAUACGGUUAAUCGAAUUGAGCAAAAACGGCUUCUUAUGGAAUUGGAAGCAAUAAUGAAUAGUCGUUUUGAGAAUAUCGUACAAUUUUACGGAGCGAUUUUCAGAGAAGGCGAUUGUUGGAUUUGUAUGGAGCUAAUGGAUUUAUGCUUAGAAAAGCUUUACAAGAUCGUUUAUGAAAAACAGAAUCGAAUAUUGCCAGAAAAUAUUAUAGGAUAUGUUGCUGUUUCGACUGUAAAUGCGCUUGAUUAUUUGAAAGAGCAUUUGAAAAUUAUUCAUAGAGAUGUGAAGCCAUCGAAUAUAUUGCUUAGUCGGAAAGGUUUUAUUAAAUUAUGUGAUUUUGGUAUAGCGGGUCAUUUGAUUGAUUCGAUCGCAAAGUCUCAAGAUGCUGGCUGUCGUCCAUAUAUGGCUCCGGAACGAUUACAGUCUAACGAUCCGUACGAUGUGCGAUCUGAUGUUUGGUCACUCGGCAUUACUUUGUUUGAAAUAUCAACUGGUAGGUUUCCUUAUGUUGCUUGGGAUUCGCCGUUCCAACAAUUACAAGAAGUAGUUAACGGUGAGCCACCAAUUAUGCCACCUGGCUUAUAUUCAGCUCAGCUAGUUACUUUUGUAAAUCAUUGUUUAAUAAAGGGGAAAGAGGAACGACCAAAAUAUAGAGAUUUAAAAUCAAUGGAAUUUUUUAAAAAUUAUUUUGCUACGAAUGAAGAGGAAAGUGUUUGCGCGAAAAUGGUUAUAGGAAUGUUUGUUCAAGAAGCAUUGAAUUCUGAUUGUUCUUCAAGCCGUUUUGCAUUUACAAAUGAUUCUUCUGUGCAUUGCAAUGAUAAUAGUUUAUCUGUUGAUUAUCAUUCAGAUAUUGAUCGCGAUCAAACUCCUCGCCAUAGUUGGGUUGAAUUUUCAUGA